AUGAGGGAAAUUGUACACAUCCAGGCCGGUCAGUGUGGUAAUCAAAUCGGUGCAAAGUUUUGGGAAGUUAUAUCGGAUGAGCAUGGAAUUGAUCCAACAGGAGCCUAUAAUGGUGAUUCGGACUUACAACUGGAACGCAUCAGUGUCUAUUAUAAUGAAGCCAGUGGUGGCAAAUACGUACCACGUGCUUGUUUGGUCGAUCUGGAACCCGGUACUAUGGAUUCAGUUCGUUCUGGACCAUUCGGACAACUCUUCAGGCCCGACAAUUUUGUAUUUGGGCAUUACACGGAAGGUGCUGAGCUAAUGGACAAUGUUCUAGAUGUUGUGCGUAAAGAAGCCGAAAACUGUGACUGUCUUCAGGGGUUUCAAAUGACACAUUCGCUCGGCGGCGGCACCGGAUCUGGUAUGGGAACUUUACUGAUAGCCAAAAUCAGAGAAGAAUAUCCGGAUCGAAUCGUAAACACAUUUUCAGUCGUUCCGUCUCCAAAGGUUUCUGAUACUGUGGUUGAACCGUACAAUGCGACUUUAUCAGUUCAUCAGCUAGUUGAAAAUACAGACGAAACAUUUUGCAUCGACAAUGAGGCAUUAUACGACAUUUGUUUCCGGACGCUGAAAUUAACAACGCCAACGUACGGAGAUCUCAAUCAUCUGGUUUCAUUGACAAUGUCCGGUGUAACAACGUGUCUUCGAUUUCCUGGCCAGCUAGCAGUAAAUAUGGUACCAUUUCCACGCUUGCACUUUUUUAUGCCUGGUUUCGCGCCACUCACGUCACGUGGUAGCCAGCAGUAUCGAUCGUCAACGGUGUCUGAAUUAACGCAGCAAAUGUUUGAUGCCAAAAAUAUGAUGGCUGCUUGUGAUCCACGACAUGGCCGAUACCUUACCGUAGCGGCCAUCUUUCGUGGAAGGAUGUCAAUGAAGGUUAACUUUUUUGUUCCGUAA